GAAUAUUCAGAUUCUACCUGGGUUGAUAUAAACCUCUAUGUGACCGCCAUCACAAAUGUGAAUGAAAAUGCCCAGAGCAUUACAACACAAGUACAAGUUGAGACUUUUUGGAGUAACAGGGUGAUACAUUGGAACACCUCAAACUAUUGUGACAUUUACGAAUUUACAAUUCUGAAAGAUUUGGUUUGGGCUCCGGACAUUGUCAUUCUCGAAAGCAUCAAGACAGAGUUUGCAUCAAAAGAGUCUCCAUAUGUCAACAUAGGUAGUUGGGGUCAAACACGAAAGAUAGAGAUAUUAACUCUGACCACUGCCUGUAGCAUGGAGCUGUACAAGUUUCCCUUCGACACACAAGUCUGCACGCUAACCUUUAAAUCCUUAAUGUAUUCAGAAGAAGAGUUAAAAGUGUAUGGCAUUAAAUCUGAUAAUCCAAGUAAACCGUCAAACAUUCAGUCUUUGAAGAUCCCGGGAGAGUGGCAAUUUAUCAGUUCAAUCCUAUCAAAUGAAUAUGAAAACAGAGAAAAUGUGUCAUUUCAGAUUACCAUCGAGAGGAAACCUUUAGUGUAUGUCAUCAACUUAAUUUUUCCAGUCUUUUGUUUCCUGGUGCUGGAUGUGGCCUCCUUCUUCAUAAAUGCAUCUCAAGGAGAUAAGUUGAGCUUUAAAGUGACUUUACUCUUGUCCAUUUCUGUGGUGCUGCAAGUUCUUAAUGACAGACUGACCGCAACAUCCAGUGAAAUUCCAUUAAUUGGGGUUUACUGUGGUGUGGUUUUCACACUGAUUGGCAUCAGCAUUCUUGAGACCAUCUUUGUGAAUGUUCUGAUAGCUAAAGGAAAAAAGGCCAAAUCAGUUACACCAGAGAACACCAGGGCUGCUGUAUCUGGUCCAGAUGAAACCAGUGGAAACGAGGAGCCGAUGUGUAUGCUUGCCAUUGGAAAGAAAUCAUCGCUGUGGACCAGAGCUGCAAAAAUUAUAGAUGUGACCUUCAUUGUUUUGUACAUAAUCACCAUUAUUGUGUUCCUUUCCGUAAUUGGCAAGAUGUGGCUAAUGUAAUGG